AUGCCUGGAACAUGCCAUCUUUCAUUUUCUAGAAUUGUGUUUGACAAUUAUCAGUUGUUUUCCAUUCUUAUUAGUUGCCCUCUUAUUGAAUCUCUUGAUUUGCAAUACUAUUAUGUUCGUGGUUUGAGUCCAAAUGUGGAAAAAAGGUGUCGUGAGCAAAUGAAAGUUUUCCAACUUCCAAUAUAUAAUGAUUAUAUGGACGAUUAUGAUGGAGAUGGUUUUGCUUAUAUGCCCUUUGAAAAAUAUGAUGAUGAUUAUUUGGAGAUGGAUUAUAAAUUCGAUAUUACGACGUGGUCGCAUAAAGGCUUACGCAAUUCCGAUCAGUGGUGUGUUACAGGUUGCACUUAUCGCAAUUUGAAUUCGUUAAAAUAUUAUCCCAAAUUUUGA